AUGUUGAAGGAGCACUGUGCACGGUGGACGCACUUAGGAUUGCUUAUUUUGACAGUCCGCGUAAUAUUUGUCAACUGUUAUAUAGAAAUAGUGGAGGAACAGCGGUGUCAUAAUAGCCAGAUACGGUUGACCUGUCGCGAUCUUGACGCCCACAUUGCUGUACUCGAAGCUUGGUACACCUCGCUGGAUGAUUACCAUCACAACUCGAAUGGAACUCGAACUCGAUCUAAACUUAAAACUAGUGGUGCAAAUGAUACGGAACUAGAUCGGGUCUAUGUGUACGCGAGUCCAAAUAAUAACGGUGUCUAUGAGUUGUUGAACAGUUCUGUUUCUGAUAACGCAACGGACUAUAGCAACGUGAAGGAAGAAAGCUUUACGAAGUUUAAUGAAGACGCUAUGACCUUGAAUGAUACGGUAGAACGUUUGGUGGAGUUUAUGAACGCGAGUGUUAUGUGUACUGUUUUUUCGUAUUCGAAAAGGUAUGCUAUUUGGAAGAAUCCCAGUAAAUGGCGGCAUCCUGCGUCGAGGGGUACCUCUGUUAAUUUGCUAGCACCGUUGAGUAAUCGAUGCACUGGCGUCAGUCACUGCAGCUUUAUCUUAAAGAAAACGCAUCCGCCAUCCAUCGAUUGGUCACCUGGAUUCAUUUACAUCAGAUACUCCUGCUUGGAUGAAAUUGUGGAGGAGCAGCGAUGCCACGAGGAUGAGAUCCGGCUCACCUGCCGAGAGCUGGACUCGCACAUCGCUGUACUGGAAGCCUGGUACACCUCCAUGGAGGACUAUCGCGACCUCAACGCCACCAGGGCGCCAGAGAACUAUGCCGUGAGGACGGAGAACGACUCCGAGCUGGACCGCGUCUAUGUGUACUCUAGUCCGAGGCAGAAUGGUGUUUACGAGCUGACGAAUCGUUCCAUAUUUGAAAAUGUCACGGAACUCAAGCCGAGCGGGAACCUUACCGAUUUCAAUGACACCAAAUAUGUGACAGACGCUUAUGGUUACGGUGCGAACGAUACUGUUGACAUGACUGUGGAAUUCAUUAACGCCAGUGAUGUGUGCGGCCUUCUCUCGUAUACGAGGAGUUACGCAAGCUGGCGCGACGGCGAGAGGGGGCGGCGUCCGAUCGCCAGAAGCUCAUCCGUUAACCUGAGAGCGCCGCUGAGCUAUCGAUGUACGGGCGUGAAUCAUUGUAAUUUUCUGUUGGAAGAAGAUUACCCUCCUGCAGUCGACUGGCCGCCGGGCGUAGUCUCCAUAAAAUACGCCUGUUUUGAUGACUCCUUAGCGGUGCACUAUUGUAACCGAGAGGUAACAGUGGCAGCGUCCGGGCCCGACAGUGAGGGUUACAUACGGACCCCAGGGUAUCCCCAUUUCUAUGUGGGAGACGAAUGCCGCUGGCGGCUAAGGUCCAACCCUGAGCAGCGUAUCCGAGUAUCUCUACUGGAUGUCAGUUUACGCAGUAUUGGUCCGUUUGAACCGCAAUGUACAGAUUACGUGAUAGUGGUGGACUCCAAUGGGGAGACGCUUCUUUCAACGUGUGAGCAAGUGGAUUUGCCCGUCCGGCUGUUAUCCACAACAAAUACCGUGGAAGUAAUAGUUGAAACCAAAUCACAGGGUGCUUUCCCGAAAAGAGGAGUUUUAUUACAUUAUAAGAGUAUGGGAUGCGUUACAUUACCAGCGCCAUCUGACGGUUAUCUUGUGUACCGUAACGAAGAUGUUGCUCAUUACAUGUGUAAUAAACCACGUGUCGGCACACGCAAAGAGACGACUGUUAAAGUCGUCGCUAACGAUUCGUCACCGGAAGUUACAGAGAAAGAUACAAAACUGCCGCACAACGAAGCAAACAUGAUUGUCGACAUCGUCAUUCCAUCGCUUCUGAUAGCGGCGCUCUUCAUCGGAAACGCGUUCAUCGUGCUAAUCAUAUACAAAUAUAGGAAACGGAAAAACGAAGACCUCGAGGACGAAUUUAAUACCAUCCCACUUAGCGUCAAUGGCGGUAUGCACAACGCAGGAAACGCAGUG